AUGGAUCCCGCUGUCCUUCGUGAUCGUCGCCGUCUUUGGUACACUACCUACCAGUUCGACCGUUUUCUCAGCAUCACGCUGGGCCGCCCGUUUGGCAUAAUCGACGAGAGCAUACGGGUAGAGCUCCCAAACCCAUGGGUGACAAUUGCCACCUGCCGCCCAGUUGAUGAACUGUCGCCGGAUGACAAAUUUGGCAUUCACAGCCAACGCGCCCUGAAUCACCUCUUUAAGAUGACCCACCUCGAGUCCGAAAUCAUGCACGUGCAGCACUCUCAAUCGUGGUCGGUUAAGAUUGCUUACCCGCGCGCCAACUACGCGGUCUGGUUGCAAGACGUAGGACCUCGCUUGCAAGAGUGGUACACAACGAUACCGGAAAUUAACAAGGCUCACCCACUAUCCAUUUUCGCUUGCCAAGCGUACUGGGACACCGUCUACAACAACGCAAUUCUCCUCCUGCACCGACCGAAUUCUAUGGUGUCUCAAGUAUCUGCGGAGAGUUUGGUGAUCUCUUUUGACGCAAGCUGCAAGAUGAUUAACAAUAUAAAACUGCUGCAGCGCGAUGGGCGCGUCGACGUGCUCUGGCGUGCUGUCCAUCAACUGUUCAUGGCCGGCCUGAGCGUCAUCUACUGUCUCUGGCACUCAAAAGAUAUUCGCGACAGCCUUUCGACAGGCAGCUGCAUCCAAACGCUUCAGUCGUGUGCAUCAACACUCUUCGCAAUGUCCGAGACAUUGCAUGGCGCUGCCGGGUGUCGCGAUGUGUUUGACACACUCUCGUCGGCAACAAUCAAUUGGCUGAUUACCUACGAUGCCGAAAAGGUGCAGCAGAGCCGCCAGCAGUUUGAGCAACAACUAAACGACUUGCUCCAGAACGUGCAGCCCUCCAAGCGGGUUAUGCCAUCCGUGGAAGACGGUGUGGGUGGAGGUACCGCCAUGUCAGCCAUGACUGACUGCUUUGCGUUCAGUGAGCUUUUAAGUUCAGCCGCACAGUGGCCGGAGCUCCAGGGGAUGGUUCUGGGUAUGGACAAUGUGUAUCACGACCUGGCAUGA